AUGAACGAGUGCCAAACAGGUACAGCACUGCAGAGAAAGUGUCACGCUCAUUCGUACUGGCUCAGACACACGCUCGCGCUCAUCACACGCUCAAGUUCACCCACCGGCCAGCUGGGGACAUAUUGCAGUGCGAAACACGUUCCUGCAUCUACCGUUUUGUCGUCUAGUGCACGCACCGAUUACAGAGUCGCACCAGAGCGAGCGCAGCUGUCAGCCACGAGAAGUUCGCUACCCGCCGCCCGAGCGCAGGAGACCGUGGCAGCUACGUACCGCCAGGCACAGCCCGUCACCAGUCCGUCCGCGAUGCGCGCGUCCGACCCCCCCGCGAAUGACGCGUCCCUGGUCUCGUCUUUUGACCUCGAGCCCAACCCGUUUGAGCAGAGCUUCGCGUCCAGCGACAAGCCGCACGGUGCCGGCGGCGCCGGCGUCGCUGGGCACCAGCAAGUGCAGCGUGCGCGCCAGCAGUCGCAGUCUCAGUCGCAGUCGCAACCGCAGUCGCAACCGCAAUCACAGCCGCAGUUGCAGGGCCAGAGCCAGCAGCCCACGCCUUCGCAGCCUACGUUGCCCUCUGUCCAUUCCGCCCAGUCCGCGGCAUCCGCCCAGCCCAAGCUCCCUGUGAUCCCCACGACGCCCGGCGGAUCCAGAAGAUUGCCCCCACUUCUUCUCGCGAACCCGGCGCCCGCGCCCGCAACCGCGACGACCGCAGUCACAGCCACCAACGCGCUGGCCACACCGAGUGCGCCCCAGCACGGCGCCUCGGCUGGAGGGUCUCAGCAGGCCCCUCAAGUCCCGCAGGCGUCUGCCGGCUCCGCAACUCCUGGCUUCUUUAUCAAUCUAUCAAAGACCGGUCUGACGCCAAACGAGUCUGGCCUCCGGACAGGCCUCACCCCAGGUAUUUUGACGGCCGCGGCGCCACCUCACCCGCCUCCGCCGGUGUCAUUGCCUUCGGGUCAGUUUACGCCGGGUCUCUCUUCUCUGCUCGGCCUCCCUCUGGGCCAGCAGCCAGGCCAACAGCAGCAGGCCGCGCAACAGCCUCAACAGCCUCAGCAAACUCAGCAGGUAUCUCAGCAGCCUGCACAGCAGCAACAACAACAGCAGCAACAACAGCAGCAACAACAGCAGCAACAACAGCAGCAGCAGCAGCUCCCACCACAUCCUGCAAUGUCGUGGAGUCAUUCUUCUUCCACUGCGGUGAGCUCAGAUCCCUCUACCACUUCUAGUCAGAACGUGAAACCUAGGAACAACACAUCCUCGUCGUCCUCGAGCAGCCUUGCUCAAGAUGGGACAAGCGCUCUGUCCCUCAGUGAGCCUGCGCAGAAGCGUCAAAAGCUGAGCUCUGCGCUACCUGCUAAGAAACCUAAAAACUCGGAGCCCUCGCCGCUCGACGUCAAAGACGAACAAGAGCGCAAGCGCAAGGAGUUCCUCGAACGCAACCGCGUUGCCGCAUCAAAGUUCCGCAAGCGUAAGAAGGAGUAUAUCAAAAAGAUUGAAAGCGACCUGCAAUUCUACGAAGCCGAGUACGACGACCUAAGUCAAUGCAUGGACAAGCUCUGUGGUAUCUCGAAACAGACCAUCAAUUCUAGUCUCGUUGGCAUGCUUAAACAGGCCCUUUUGCGCCACGACGUGACCUCCUCACUCACUGUCUGCAAUCACAUUGAACAGGUGCUUUUGCAAACGAAGUACGUGCAGCGGGGUGGUCGAAACCCCAGGCGUGAGGAGGAAGAGAAGAGGCGUAUGGAAAGCCCUGACGCUGAUAUCAACUCAGAUUCCACCUAUCCGCGGCGCGCCUCUUUGGCUACCGCGUCCACAGAUGGCUACCACACUUCGCAGCUGCAACCGCACCAACUGCAGUCUCACAUCAGGCCCGACGCGGGCCCGCAACUUAGUGCUGCCGACCACGCCACGGGCACUAUAAACAACCUGCCUCUUGUCAUCAACGGUAAUACUCUCCUGGGUCUUGGCGACAUUCAGGAUCCUUCACACAACGCUGGAGCAGGCACAGUCACCAUGAGUAGGCCCACCUCCCUCACCAGCCUUCAACCAGAAAAUAACCGGUCGGUGCCUUUGCAUGAAUAUCCCAAUUCCAACUAA